AUGUCCUUCACAGGCCAUCCCCGAACGAUCAGUAAACGGGCUUUUCCAUUGGAAUCACCUCUAAUGCCACAAAUUCCACGCAACAAUUACUUGCACUUUAAGGAGGAGAAGCAAAGACUACAGCUCAAGAAAUUCCUCCUUCAUAGGAUGUUUCUCGUGGCCAUGAUACCAGCAAACACAGAAAAAAAAGAUGUCACUGAAUACUAUGAGAAAGUGUUUCAGUUAAUUUUGAAGCAUCACCUGGAAGAAUCAGUGACAGGAUUGUUGGUCAUAUAUCCCACUUCCAUUCUGCAUGUCCUCGAGUCCUCCAGUGGUACUCUUUUCCAAAUUCUCACAGAUUAUGUUAACCGUCAAAAGAGUGAAAGAGAAUUUUUUAUCCAAGGAAUGAAAAUCAUAGUUGUGUCCCAUAACAUCCCAACAAGACUCUUCAUGCAAUGGCAUGUUUCAGUAAUAAAAGUUCCAGUUAUGUAUCUUGAUGAUGUGACACAGUCACAGUCCCUAGAAGAGCUCAUCUCAGAAUUCCUCAUUCAGACUCAUAAACUGGCAUCGUACCUUUUCAAGACUGUUAAAGUGGGGACUAAAGGGCCAGGUGAUAACUUGCACCAAAUUGCACCUGAACUACUACUUCCAGAACAAGUAAUAAAGUGCUUGUGCAAAUCUGAAGAAUUCCUGGACCCAGAAACAUUCCUAAAAAUGUACAAUAAACCCAUACAUGUCACUAUGGAUUCUGAGGUGGUAUGGCCAGCUCCUUCUCGUUUCUAG